AUGAAAAUGUCGCCAUCGCGUCCUCUCGAGGGGAAGUUUGGCAUCGUCACCGGCGGAUCGCGCGGGAUCGGAGAAGCGAUCGUGCGCAAUCUCGCUGGCAAGGGCUGCUCCCUUCUUCUGGGCUAUACUUCACCGUCCAGCCAGGCCCGAAUAGAGCAAAUGUGCGCAGACAUAGCCAAGGAGCACUCAAUCCGCUGCAUCAGUGUACAAGCCAAUCUAUCUAAUCCAGAAGAGGCCGUCUCCAAGAUCCUCUCCCAGGCCAAAGAACACUUUACAGACCGCGGGUCGGGCAGGUUCCAAAUCGACAUUCUGGUCAACAACGCCGGAGUUUCCAAGGACAGACAACUGAACGACAGCAAUGCCGGUCCUAUUACCCGAGACUACUUCGAGUGGCACUAUGUCAUCAAUGUCUUGGCACCAUUACUCCUAACACAGGCCUGCGCGUCUUAUCUCCCCACCGACCGGACCGGUCGCAUCGUCAACAUCUCCUCUGUAUCGUCCUCGAUGGGAUUCACAGGCCAGACCGUGUACGGCGGCACCAAGGCCGCGCUGGAGGCUAUGACGCGCACGUGGGCGCGCGAAUUAACAGACAAAGCCACAGUCAAUGCUGUCAACCCGGGCCCUGUGAUCGGGGACAUGUACAUCCAAACAGGCGAGGAGUUCUGGACUCAGAUGCAGGGGUAUCAGGAUAGUACACCGCUGAGCAAAUUGCGAGAAGAGGAUGUGCCGCUGCUAGGAGAGGAGAUGGCACAGCUGAUCAGGGAGAAGAUGGGGGGGAGACGUCCGGCAUUCACGCAUGAGAUUGCUGGGGUUGUGGGGAUGCUCUGCGCCGAGGAGUCUGGGUGGUGUACAGGGAGUGUUAUCUGUGCGAAUGGAGGGAUGAGGAUGGGUAUGUAG